AUGGCCGCAUUAGAAACACCAUCCGUAGAGUCUAGUGGUGUGGGCAACAUAGACACCUCUUCUCUCUUUACUAAUACUAAUACUACUACUACUAAUGUUAAUAAUAAUAAUGUUAAUAAUAAUAAUAAUAAUAAUAAUAAUAUUCCCAAAGCUUCCCAACAACAACAAGGGGAAGAGAAAGAGAAAGAGACAGUUGUGUAUGUAUCCCCCAGUCAAGUGUGGAAUAGUGAAAGUGAGCCGGCGAAGAAAGCCACCACUGUGCGAUGGGCAAAUCCCCCCGUUAUCACACUUCUCAGAGAAUCAACACAGACAACGACGAAUCCCAAUAAUAAUAGUAAUAAUAAUAAUAAUAAUAAUAAUAACACCAUCUCUACUACUAGUACUACUACUGCAAAGCCUACAAUCUCCACAUCUACUCCUCAUAUACAAUCUACUCAGCCAUUCAACCUACAGUCACUUCUUAGUGAAUCUCAACAGCAAUUGGAGGAACUUCUCUGGUAUAAAAGACGGUGUGCAGCUCAGGAGGCCGCAUUAGAUACAGCGACAUCACGGUAUACAUCUCUGCAAGACGCAUUGCUGGAAACUCGCAUGAAUGCUCUCGCUGAACAGGAACAACAUCGUUUAUUUGUGGCUAGUAGUGCAGAGGAAAUACGAACACUACAGACAUCAUUAGAUGUGAAAACUACAGCGGUGUGUACAUUGGAGGAACAAAUGAUGGAAAUGCGGCGGGAAUUGCAGGCAUCACGUAAAGCCCUUCAUCGUAUAGAAACACAUCACACCGUGUGGAAACAACAAUAUAUAGAAGAACAACAAGAAGCCGCAGCCGCAAUGCAGGAGGAAAAUAAGAGAUUGAAUGAAGAAGUGAUGAUGUUGCGGGAACGGUGUAAGGAAAUGGAGCAACAACUUGAAAGUCAAAGGAAUGAGGAAAAUCUAAUAGCAGACUCUAAUAUUAAUACUACUACUAAUACUACUGGUAAUAAUAAUAAUAAUAAUAAUAAUAAUAAUAAUAAUAAUAGUAAGAAUAAUUAUGUCAGUAUUCCUAGUACCAGUAGUAGUAGAAGUAGUAGUAAUAGUAAUAGGGAUAGGGAUACAAAGGUAGAAGAUGUUAGAAUAGCCGAACAAGAAGCCACCAUACUGGCGUUAUUAAAAGAAUUAGAAGGUCAGCAAUUAGAAAUGCAAAACGUAAAAGAAUCCUUUUCUUUAUAUAAAGAACGCCUUUCCAACACAGUAACUGCGGUGAAUAGAAGAUUAACACUAUUACAACAGCGAAUGGAAGAAAUGUGUGGAUCUGUGCAGGAUGAUGACUGUGAAGAGUCUACAGAGGAUUUAGUAAUGAUGCUCUCAAGUAGAAUACAUACCAUAGAGAGACAGUGGAAUAUUGUGGAAACCAAUCUUCAACAAGAACAAGAGGAUCUAAACAAACAACACGAAAAAGAAAAAGAAGAAAAAGAAAAGGAAUUGCAAAGAGUAUAUGCAGAGAAGGAAAUAUUAUUACAACAGUUAAAUGGUAUGGAGAAUCGUUAUAAUCAUUUAUUGCAUGCGGUGGAACGUCAAUGCCGAUUACUCCUCACAGCGGCCCAUAAUAAUCAACAGCAGCAGCAGCAGCAGAGAAGUCGAUCUACUACUGAAAAGAUGUUGGAAAAGAACUCGAAGAAGAAACAAAAGGAAGAAGAAGAAAAAGAAAAAGAAAAAGAAGAGGGAUAUAAACAAUAUGAAGAAAAGGAAGAACAACCAUCUGUACAUAUUAUGGAUCGAUGGAUCUCCUCUACUAGUAUUCCUACUUCUACUAUUCCUACUAAUACUAAUACUAAUACUAUUAAUACUAUUGGUGAGAGUCUGCGGUGUGAAGAUAUCUUAACAUCAUACUGUGAACAGGCCGUCCAGGCAUUACUCACACGUCUGCAUUUAACCACACGGCAUGUUAUUCGUCAACUGCAGGAAUCCCACACUCAACACAAUCGUCUCAUCACACAAGCGCAGGAAGAACGACGGCAAUUGUUAGCCAACACAAAUGAAUCUCGUGUACGGCAGCAAAACACCAUUAAACGUUUACAAUCAGCAUUAAAAACCGCAAAAGAGGCGGAGUCUUCACUGCAAUCACAAUUAACCGCAGCGGCCCGUGCGGCGACGGUGGAGCGGCAAUCAUUACAACGACGUGUAGAGACGGCAGAGCGGGAGGCACAGGCACGUGUAUCUAAACAACAACAACAAUCUCAACAAGAGGAGGAACGAUAUCAACAACAACUGCGGGUAUUAGAACAGGAACGGGAUCUCGCUAUACAAACCAUUUCCAUACGGGAUGAAAAGAUUCAAACAUUGCAGAGAGAACUCACAGCAGAACGUACAGCCGCACGGGAAUUGCAGUUUGAUACCCAAUCACUCCAACAACGCUGUGAUGAUCUCACCCGAAUUGCAGAUGCACUUGAAACCCACGCUGAGCGGGAAUCAGGAACACGUGCGGUGUUAUUAUAUGAAUUAUGUGAACAACUCUGCAGUGCGGUGGCGGUGUUGGUGCUGCGGUUGAGUACAGUAGCGGCCGAGCGGCGUGUGUUGAGUCGACUGUGUUUAUUAUAUGAGAGAGACAAGCAAUCGGCGUUGUUGCGAUUGCGAGAGUUUCUACGUGAAUGGCAGAUAUGUGAGAGCAGCUCUAACACAACAACAACAACAACAACAACAACAACAACAAGCAGAAGAAGAAGAAUAAAGAUAAAAAGAAGAGGAAUUAAUACAGACGAAGAAGAAGAAGAACAGGAAAUAGAAGUACAAGAAGGAAUAUUAACAGGAGAAACAGAGAGACGGCCAUUGUAUACAUUCCAUACAGUAGUCUCUGCAGUUGUGGCUUGUGUACGGAUGCAACGGUUAGUCCAGUGGCGGUAUAAUAUACAACAUGGAAAUCCUGCAAUGCCCAAUCAUCCUCUUUACAAUCCUAAUAUGAAUAUGAAUAUGAAUACUACUUUGAGUACAAUGAGUAGUCGUUAUAGUAGUAUGAAUAAUACUAAUAAUAAUAUAAAUAGUCAUUAUCAUGCCCGUUUACACUCCACACCACGUAGUCUACGACGUCUUAUUGAAACUGUGCCGUUAGCCUCUACUUUACUUCCCACUACUAUCACUACUAAUAAUAAUACUAAUACUAAUAAUAUGAUGACUUCUAAUAAUAAUAAUACUUCUUCUGCUGCUGUUAUUAGGCCAGUGUUAGAACUUCCACCGUUAUCUGUAUUCCUCUCUAAAAUAACAUCCUCUGAUCAUGAUAGUGGUAGAGGUGGUCAUCAUCAUCAUCAUAGAGUAUUAGAUGGGAAUAAUGAUUAUCUAUUGCAGCAGUUAUUUGCCGUUGCGGAAUUGGAUGAGACGGCGGUAAAUAAUCAUUUCUGUUUCUCAGUGGAUCCACCAUUAGCGAAUGCUCUUUUAUUAUUUCCACCGCAGUCAACAACACAACGAUAUCAACAUCGAUCCUUCUCUGCUAAACAGCAACAACAACAGCAACGGGAUUAUUAUAGUCUUGAUAAGAAGAAACGAAAGAAAACAUUAUCUUCCAUUACAUUAACAGAAGAAUUACAGGAAUUACUUCCAAUCUUAUCUAGAUGUGUAAAGAAUAUACGUGAGAAACAGCGGCAGCAGGAAUCUAUUUUACAAUCCGAAGCUGAAGAGAAACGUCAACUUCAAUAUAAACUACAAGAUUUGGAAAAAGUAAAUCUUACAUCUACACAAAGACUUCAUGAGUAUGAACAACAUGUCUCUAUUUCUUAUGUUAGCCGAGAUUCCUAUCAACAAAUUCAACAACGACUGACGGAAUUACAUACGGCGUUAGAACAGGAAAGAACCGCACGGCGAAGUGUAGAAGAUGUAAACGCCGCCUUAAGACAACGGGAAGUGGAGUUAACACGAGUGGUUCAUCAUUUGCGGGAUGAGGUGCGGUUUCUCUCUAUGGAGAUUGGAGAUCAGCGACUAUUACAACAACAACAACAACAACAACAGGUAACUAUGGCUCCAACAGUGGGAAUAACAGGAAAGAAUUCCUUCACAUCUUGUAUACAUAAUAUAAACAGAGAUGUGAGAAGUGAAGAGACAACACAUCCACUUCUCACAUCCCCUCGUUUGUAUGUUCCUCAGUCUGUGAAAUUGGAAGAUAUGGAGGAGGAAGAGCGGAGUUCAGCUGCGGGUGUUGUUGUUACUAGUAUGCAUAGUGAGAAGAGGAAUGUGCAGAGUGAUGCGGUGGUGUGGCGUAUUAUUGCUGAUAUUGAAUCCCGGCUUGAGAAGUCGGAACAACAACUCUCAUCACAGUAA